UGUACCCAGACCUGCGUCCAGUGCUGCUGCUGCUGCUGGUUCUUGCUGCUUGUCCACCGCCUGUGGGCCUGUUGUCAGGGGCCGCGCCGUCGGGGGCGCGCCGGCUGCCAUGGCAACGGCGGGGUCUGGGGCCUAGGCCGCUUCUCCUCCCUCACUCUCGUUCUCUCUCUUCGGGCUCCUCCAGGCUGGAUGGAGGGCGGGCAGAGGGGGUCCGAACUGUUCCAGGCCCGGGACCAGGACACGCGAGCCAGAACCGCCAGACCAAAGAGACGUCUAUCACCGAGUUGCUGGUCUUCAAGCAGCCACCUCUGCCCAGAGUGUGGAUUUGCGAAGGGGUCUGGAGAAGGAUAGAAGGGUCCUUGUCACAGUUCAUCCAGAACAGCUCCGGAAAAGAAGACUCUCUGAUCUACGGGCUGUUCCCCAGGAUACACUUGGAGCCGCACAUCAAAUGCUGCCAGAUGACUGUCAAACUCGGUGAAAGAAGCUCUUUGGUCUGCCUGAAACCUGUUGGUCGCCUAUCACAGCGAGAUGUCCGUCAGUGAAUAUUGCCGACUAUCCUAUUCCAGGCUGCAGGAGUACAUGCUGACAGACUUGCUAAAUCUUGAUGCAGCUAAUGUAAAGGCACUUUUCGUGAGGACCACAGUAUAGGGACAUUGCGGGGCAAGUGCGGGGGGGACAUCCCUCAAACAAGAGAUAUCACCACAGGGGGGGCAUGAACAGUCAAACCAAGUAUAUUCAGAGCACUGUUGCAAAUGUGGAAAAACACUUUGGUGACUUGUGCAGCUUGUUUGCAGCUUGUACACGAAAAACUGCAAGACUACGUGAUAAAUCUGACCUCCUAGUAAAAGCAGUCCGAGAGUAUGCUGACACAGAAACUCCUCAUCUCAAAUAUGGUCUCAGUAGCUUUGCAGAUCACUUUGCUUUAAUUCAGGAUUAUCGACAUGCAGAGGUUGAAAGACUAGAAGCUAAAGUUGUGAAACCUUUGAAGAAAUAUGGAUCCAUUACCAAGUUGAAAAAGGAAGACCUCAGGAUUGCCACAGAUGCCAUAAAACGUGAAACAAAGCAACUGGUCCAGGUUGAGAAGCUGCGUCUGAGAAAUCCUUCUGAUCGACAGAUUGUUACACAGGCAGAGAAUGAAUUGCACAGAGUCUCAAUGGAUGCAACUCGGGUUUCCCGGCAGCUGGAAGAAACUAUUGACGAUUUUCAACAAGACAAAAUUAAGGAUCUUAAGAAGAUUUUUGGUGAUUUUAUUACAAUUGAAAUGUCAUUCCAUGCAAAAGCUCUGGAGGUUUACAGCAAUGUCUAUCAGCAUGUGCAGAAUAUUGAUGAAGAGGCAGAUAUGGAGAUUUUCAGGAAUACACUUCAUUUGCAAGACAAUCAAGCUCGCCUUAGCAUCGUGUCGGCCAAUUCUGCAAGCGUUAUAAACGGAACAAAUUCAACUCUAAUGUCAGGAACUUCAAAGCCACAACAAGUAUGUAAGAAAACCCAGGAGGAUGACGACGAGGAUGAUGAAGAUAAUGAUGAAGAUGAUGAAGAUGAUGAAGACGAUGAUGAUGAUGGUGAUGAUGAUAAUGGUGAUGAUGAGGAGGACGACGAAGAAGAAGAAGAGGAAGAGGAAGUAAAAACAAAAUGAGGAAGGAGCCAAUACUGCAUUUUUUUUGUUUUAAACAAAGAGUUAUUUCUGUCUCUGGUGCACUUGUUAUAUUAUAAUUGAUGGAAAAUUGUCCAGCAAUUUCAGAAUUGCUCUCAAAUAUUACACUGCCAAAUAUUGUAUUCAUUUUUCGAUGCCAAAACAUUACUUGUAAACAGUUUAGUUACAAAUCAUUAAAGAGUUAUAGGAACGAGUUACUUUAUAUACAA